GAAAUAGUUGUUCUCAAUUUAAGCGGAAGCCUGUGCUGAAAAUUCCAAAUUUGAACAACUCGGAAAAUUGUUCUUCUCAAAUUUGUAAGAGUUCUUUAGAAAACCACCAAUGUGUUAUGUUUUCGGAUAUGAUUUACGAUUUUAUAACAAUGCUAAUGUUCUGGUUAUAUCCGGCAUUUGCGUCCCACAAUAGUUUGAACGCAUCUGAGGACAACCAGGUGCCAUGGAUGAAAUACUGGAUUGUCUUUGGAUUCUUCAACGCGAUAUCCUGUCUUACCAGUGGCCUAGAGACCUGGAUGCCAUUCCUCAAGACCCUCAAGUUUGCCAUUAUGUGUUGGAUGCAGCCCAGCCUUGGCGGCGGCUACCAGUUGAUUCUCGAUAGAUGGCUUGGUCCUCUUCUCAGGCGCAACAGCGCCAAAAUCCAAGUCAUCCUCGAUGUUGUCAGCAACAUGAGCAGCAUCAUCCUCCGCGAACUGAUCAAAAUGGUGUGUAAUGAUGAUUAUCGGCGUUGUCGACUAUUGCUGGCAGAUGACACUCGAUGACGAUGAUUUUCAUGUGACGCCUCGUCUCCAGUCGGCCGUCAAUGAGGUGAUUGCCGAGCUGCGCAUGGCCAGGCAGGCAGCCGCUACCUUAAAUUCCUCCUCGUCGAAUUCUGAAGCCAAUUCGCUGGCCUCAAGUUCCAAACGAAAACCCAAAAAUUGUAAUCGCAGCACACAGUGCAAUCCAAGUACCAAAUGACCGCCCAUGAUAAACAGCUGGCCAUUCUGCUCACCGAAUCGAUUAACGGCAAACGUAUGCAGUUUAUCCAGUAAUUGUCCAGCCUGGAGCAUCUUGUGCCCAUCAACUGCUGCGACUGCCACAAAAUGACUUCAGCUGCAGCUGAAGCUUAAUGAGAAAAUCCACUCUGCGGACGAUGGCGUUUGUUAAAGAACUGGCGACGAUGGAGAUAGAAGAAAGAGAGAGAGAGAGAGAGCGAGAGCGAGAGAGAGACAUAGAGAGAUGUGGCUCAUCUUAGCUCAAUCCUUUAUAUUGUUGUUGUUAUUUAUCAAU